AUGAUGGACUACCCAAUGAAGCGUUCCAGAGUACGACUAACAGUCGCCGACAAGCUCAAUAUUAUUGAAGAAUACGAAGAAACCAACAUAACCCUCCGAGAUUUAGCCGACAAAUACAACAUUGGCCACACCUCUAUCUGUGGAUGGCUUAAAGAGCGUGAAAAGCUAAACCAAUCUGACAACGUCAACGCCCGACGAGUUUCCCGUGAAAAAGUCCUCGACAAACUCGCCAACCAAUCAGCCCCCAGAAGACGAAAAUCCUCAGGCAAAAAACUCAUGAAAAUGAUUUUAAACAGAAACAAAAAAGUGACUGAAGAAAACGAAAAAUUAAAAUCAAAAAUCGAGCAAUUAAAAGAAGAAAUCACUGACGUCAAAGUAGAAUCAAAAAAGGCCAAAAAAGAAGAAAAAAGCACCUUUUUUAUAUAUGCACAGGAGCUAAGCACAGGGGAAAGGAAAAAAAUCAAGAUAAAAGAAAGUGAUACGGUGGAGGAGCUGAAGAAAAAAAUUAAGGAAGAAUACCCUUCGGAGAACGAUAGGAUAGUGUUCGCCAUUCAAGAAAUGAACGAUGACACUAAAAAAGUUGGGCAUUAUAGUGUGAAAAAUAAGUCUACAGUUAUGAUAAUUUAA